GUGUGUGUGUGUGUGUGUGUGUGUGUGGUAUCUUGAAGAUAUUGAGGAUCAAGCACCACCUCGGAGGAAUGAACAUCAUCGUGUUUCAAGUACGGUGGCAAUAAAGGAAGUAAAGAAAGUUGAGCCUCAAAUUUCUAAAGUGGAUUCAAACUCUGCAAAUGAAGAGGAAAUCAACUGGUAACAAGUAACAGAUGAUAACCACACGUGGCACUCUAGAAUGUGCACACCAGACAACACUAAGGAUUCUUCAGCAACUGAGUGGCUUCUCGUGGGAUGCGAAAGCACUAAUAGCAAUAGUUGGUUUCUCUUUAUAUGGGGAGUUUUGGAGGCUUGAUCGGGUUCAAGCUGUAGAUCAAUUUGGGAACUCACUGAGAAAGCUGAAUCAAGUCCAAAUCAGCAGAAGGGUCCCUGUAGAUAUGAUUGAUCCGGUCGCAGUUUUCAGAGAAAUGCUUAAUUACAUCAAUCUAUGGGCAAAAUGGUUUUCCAUGGAUUACAACACAGAGGCUGUGCAUUCCUUGCAAGCUGGCAUGCAAGAUAUCCCUCUUGUUGUGUACUGGACAAUUGCUUCCACUGUUGCUUCUAUUGGCAACCUUGUUGAUAUAUCCUCAUUAGAAGAGAGAAUGGUGGAGUUGCAAGUGAAAGUGAGAGGACAAGUUUCUCAAACUGAUUUAUUAAUCCGGUUAUUGGAAUUCUUAAAACUGGCUCACCACGUGAGCUUGGUUUCCAUGGACGCAAACACCCACAUUGCAGAAGGGAAUAAUGCACUACAUCAACUAUCCUUCAGAUUGAGGAUUAUUCAGGUAUGUGUAUGUAUAUCUAUCUCUAGAACAAUUCAUGAAAUAUCAUAUAAUAACUUUGUCAUCAAGAAAUGUCGUAUAAUAAUGGAAGCUUAAGUGCUUUCAUGUAUAAUUUUUUUUAACAAAAAUUAAACAUUAUAAUUUUGGUGGGUCCAAUUGAUUGGUCAUAAAAUUAAGCAUUAUAUUAUUAUUAUGAUAAUAUAUAUCACAACGAACUUGCCUUUAGAGAAGGAAUCUACAUGUACAUUUGAUUAAAUAAAGACGUGUUUCACCUGCUACUUCAC